AUGGAACUGGGGACGCCGAACUCGUCGACCUCGCCAUGUGCAAUAUUAGAGCAGGAAAAGAAUACCGAGCCCUCGAGCUCUCCGCCCCUGACGGUGGAGCAGGAAAGGAGGCCGGAUGUGCCGUGGUCGCUAUAUGUGACGUUGGGGUUAGGCACGCCGUACGGGUCGGACUCGCCACCUGAGACGGUGGAGCAAGAAGAUAGACCGGAUGCGUUGCGGUUGAGAUAUGUGACCCUGGGGCUGGGUACACCAUACUCAUGGGAUCCCCCAUCUGAAACGGUGGAGCAGGAAAACAGACUGGAAACGACAAGCGCGCCAUUUGCAGCGGCCGAGGAGGAAAAGGCGCCAAAUCCGUCGAGCUCGCCACCCUUGACGGUGGAACAAGAGGAGGAAUCGGAGGCAUCGGAACCGGUAUAUGUGGUGCUGGGGUUGGGGACACCAGAGCCGUCGGGCUCACCAUCUGCAAUGGCGGAGCAGAUAAAGACGCUAGAAAUAUCACAACCACCAUCUGCGACGCCGGAGCGGGAAGAGGUACCGGAGGACUCAGCGUCACCAUCUACGAUAGAAACGACAACGGAGACGUCGAGUUUGUCGUCUCCGCCGGCUUCGUCGCCCUCGUCUCCGGAAUGGGAGCCGUAG